UAUUUUCUCUUUUUCUUGUCAUACCUACAGAUUUGUAGGGCAAUGAACCUGCAUAUUUUCAAGUUUGAGACAUUUCGGCGGCAUUCCAGAAACUUGAUAGAAUUGAUUGUCAAUGUUUGGAAAACCUGGCAGCAUUCUAUACUGCACAACCUAAGUCAAAAGAAUCAAGUCAUUCUUGGAGGUGAUACAGUAUGCAGGCUGACUUACCAGGACACUCAGCCAAAUAUGGUAGCUACAGCAUGAUGGAUCUUCAGACAAAUAGAGUGGUGGAUUUGCUGUUGGUUCAGAGUAAUGAAGUUGGUGGAAGCCACAAUAUGGAGAAGGAAGGACUGAAGCGGAGCCUGGCUAAAAUUGCACAGUAUGGAGUCACACUGGGUUCCAUAGUGACAGACCGCCAUCCACAAAUUCAAAGAUAUCCUAGAGAGCAACAGAUAACACAGUUCUUUGAUGUGUGGCACAUUGAGAAGGGAAUUACUAAGAAGUUGGAGCAAGCCUCAAAAACCAGAGACUGCCAAAAACUCCAGAAGUGGAUCAGAGCUAUAAAAAAUCACAUUUAUUGGACUGCUGCCUCAUCAUCAACUGGACCCGAGAGAGUAGCCAAAUGGAAGUCUCUCAUAAAUCAUGUCCAGGAUGUCCACUCACAUGACAAUCCACUUUACCCACAAUGCGUUCAUCCUAUUCGGCAAACUACGGACAGACAAAAAUGGAUAUCAGCAGCUUCUCCAGCCCUUCAUAAGUUGGAGAAAAUCAUGACAAAUACAAGACAAAUACUGAAAGACGUACAGAAGAUGAGCUCUCAUCACCAGACGUUGGUGGUCAUUGGAGGCAUUCCAGUGUGAUAAUUCGCUUUGCCCCAAAGAGUGUUGUAUUUUUCUAUCGUGUAAUGCUAUGCAGACUGUAACUUGCUGCAUUACAAUGAGAAUGCUGACCGACCACAGGCUACCUCUGCUGCUGGAGACCUGCUUUACAAGAUAUCAUUUCCAAAGGCCAAGAGGGGCAUGUGUGUGGCCAAACCACUUAAAACUGCACAGACAUUUCAUUAUGUGGAAAACCUCAUGGACACCAUCUUUGAUAAAGUCUUGCUGGACCCAGGACCUUUUUUGGAGGACCUUUUGAACAUCCCUGUCCCACCACCCCUGUGUGCAGACUUUGAGCGGCCUGACAGGGAGGAGGUCAUUAGUGCUAUGGUUUCUAGAUUUAACAGACCAACAGUAUAAAAGGUUAGUUGACAUCUUGUUUGCUCUGAAUUAAUUCCAUAAUGAUUUUUUCAAUAAUCUAUAUUUUAUGUAGUUUGUUUUGCUUUUCUUGUUGCAAGACAAGUAUAUAUUGUUUACAUUGUAGGAGGGUGUGGCCUACAUAGAACAUACUGUACAUCUUGAUCAAUCUAUAAUUCUGUUUUCAGUAUCUUCUACAGUGGUGUCAAGAAGAGCAGCUGCAGCCUCCAUGUGGUACCUCCCAUCAUUGUUCUAUGUUCAACUAACCUUGUCUCUUUCUCUCCAGUUGUUGUGCCCCUCUCUCUCUCUCUCUCUCUCCAUUCUGUCCUCACCUACAGGUAUCAUUGGACUCAGAGCUUUGUGUCUGUGAUAGGCAGCUGCGGAUCCAACAAUUCUGCCUGUAUCCAGUCCCUGGUCCAACCAUCCUCCCUGUGCUCUGUUGUUGCUUGUUGUUGCUUGUUGCUGUUGCUGUGCUUUUCUCUCUCUCUAUCCUCUCACCCCAACCGGUCAAGGCAGAUGGCCGCCCACAUUCAGCCUGGUUCUGCUGGAGGUUUCUUCCUCGUUAGAGAGGGAGUUUUUGCCUCUCCACUGUUGCUGUCAAAUUAAAUGCUUGCUGAAUGUGGGAUUUGUUGGUUUUAGUUGUGUGAGGUCUUUACAAAGUAAGGUUUAAGUGCCUUGAGGUAACUUUGUUCUGAUUUGGCGCUAUAUAAACAAAAUUGAAUUGAAUUGAAUGUGGAAAGGCUUCUGUAGCCACUUAUGACACAAAAUGCCUUCCAAGUACAGCAACAAAGAUCUUCUCAUCUCUUCAGUGUCCAUGACUCUACCUGCCGCUCCAGUUUUCAAUAUAACCUUGAAUCUCUCCCAUUAAUCACGUAGUCAGGUUACCCUGAGUGUAAUUGGUGCAUUGAUUGACAAUAAAGUUUGCUUUUAUAACUUUUAAGUUAUUACUCUUUUUCUAUAAGUAGAAAGAAGACAAAUGUUCAAUUAUUUUUACCUUUAUUCAGUUAAUAAAUGAAACACACAUUCAGUUACUCAACAGGUGGUCUAAAUCCUACAUAGGUGCCUUGUCCCUCGGGAAACUCUGCCCUGAUCCGCAAGACCACGCAUGACGGAAUGACUACUCGGACUCUUCUCCCUAGAAAUCCUCAGCACCAGCUCACAAAACUUCUAUAAGCUAGAAACCUGUAACGACUUGAGACGACUUAAAAUAGAUUCAGUGACCGUGACUUUUGAUUCCCGCGGCGGAUUACGGCUAUGCGCUUCCUCAAAGGGGUGUGGCGAUCAGUUUAGCUUCCGACACACUCCGAAAAUAGAGUGUUGUGGAGGAGAGCUUAAAACACACAUUUUCAGACGGGCCGGGUGGUCGAUCUACAGUGUUUUUUGGCAUGAAAAGUUACAGACACCUUACUGAGACAUCAAGGUCCAAUUCUUUUGCAUUGUGGAGCAUGAAAAAAGCGUGUGCAUGGACCAUUAACGUGACUUAUGUCAUGCAUCUUUCCUGCCAUUGUUUUUUAACAGCGCAACAGUCGCUUAGUAGCGGUAGGAGCGGACUGGAGCGCUUGCUGCUCGCUACAGCUCCUGUGUGGCUCGGCUGUCACGUGACAAGUGACCCGAACGAUCCAUAAGAACGAGUCCCAAAAGAACUGUAGUACUGUAGUAGUAGGGUCUGGUGACGGGAGGCUGUGAGUGUUGGGGGGUGAAGGAGGCAACAGACAUAUUGUCUGGCCAGGAGGUAAGAGACGGUUCCUUUCAAACCAGUUGUAGAAGCUGCUAAGUGGGAUGCUUUGCAGUUUUAAUUGCAUUAGUCAUACACACUCGUCCAGGAAUCUGGGGGCUCCUUCCGGGGGGGCCAGUAGACGGAGCCUUCACAUUGAUGGCUCUGUCUGCUGGACCCCUCGGAGAAUUGACAAUCUCCCAAAGUUCCUCAUACUU